AUCAGUAUCAUGAGCAAAUAUAUUCAAUGCCAAUUAUGUGGGAAAAUUUUGAGAAAUACCAAAAAAUACUGAAAAGAAACUAAGAAAGAAAAGAAUAGGUCGUUUCGUACAAUACUGUAGAACAUUACAAAUAAUGUCAGGUAGUAAAAGACACAAACUGACUGUAAAACAGCGACUAGAGAUUCUUAAACACUUGGAAGACGGUGCUACAGCAAAGCAAGUGUCUUCUUUUUACAAUGUGCAUGUAGGCACUAUCCGUAAAGUUAAAUAUGAUGCAAGACAGCUACACCGUUACACAGAACAAGCAAGAUCUUCUAACAAGAAGAGAAUGCGAAGACCAAUAAAUAAGGAGUUAGAAGGUCGGUUGUAUACUUGGUUCUUGGAAAAGAGAACAAUGGAUGAUCCUAUCAGCAAUCGCUUGCUUCGUGAAGAAGCAACAAAUAUUAAUAAAGAAUUGGGAGGUCCAAUAACAUUUAGAGCAAGUGAAAAUUGGUUGACUUGUUUCAAGAUUCGUUAUAAAAUUAAUAAUAUACAUACUCAUGAAAGUGACGAAAAAGUAGCCUUAAAAUUUAUAGAGGAUUUAAAGAAUAUUAUGUAUGAGCGAGACAUUGACCUUGACAAUCUGUAUAACAUGGACGAAACAGGAUUGGCAUGGAAGUCUCUUCCUAAAAGAACAUUAGAUCAUCUGAAUGUGAAAAAGGUUGACGGUAAAUUAUUAAGGAAAUAUUGUUUCACAAUGGGACUCUGCUCCAAUGCCAGUGGCAGCCAUAAACUUCCUCUGCUAAUAAUUAAUAAGUAUGCAUCCCCAAGAGCAUUAAAGCAUUGCAAAAAUCGUUUGCCUGUUGUGUUCAAAUCACAACCAAAUGCUUGUAUGAAUAGAAUAUUAUUUUUAGAUUGGUACGAGAAUGAUUUUAAACCUUCUGUUAAAAAGCAUCAGUUAGAGAAUGGCACAUGUGGUUCAGUCCUUUUGAUUGUUGAUGAUUGCAAAGUGCACAAUCUUCCAACAGAUGUUUUCCAGGACGAGAGAUUCCAUGUUAUGUUUUUGCCACAGAAUGCAUCAUCACUUGUACAACCCAUGAAUCAGGGCAUAAUUCGAAAUACAAAAAGCAGUUUUCGAUAUAGAAUGUUACAACUGAUUUUAAGCAAGCCUGGUGGAGUGUAUCAAUUUUUCGUUGAAUAUGACCUGAAGGAAAGUAUUGAACUUAUAAAUCAAACAUGGAUGAGUAUUACACCAUACAGUAUUAAAAAUGCGUGGUGUAAAUUGUUGCAACAAGUUCCUGAGAAGGGUCCGAUAUCUGAUACAAAUGAUAUGGAAGAGUCCACUAGCUGUAAAUUACAAGAGAGCAUUCAAGCAAUAGUGGGUGGAAACAUUGCCCUUAGUGAAGUGGAAGAGUGGUUAUCCAUAUGUGCAGAGAUGGAAGAAGAAAUUCUUGAGGAUAAUGAGGAAAAUAUCGAAAAGGAAGGAAGCUCACAGCUCUCUCUUGAAAAUGAUUCGUUCUUGGAUGAUGAGUUCUUGGAUAUAGAAACAAUGUUCAAACAAUUACUUCUUUGGUCCAAGAAUGAACCAAAGCACAUUCGAUUGCAAGUGCAAUUCUUGAAAAAGUUUCAUUAUAAAAAUUAG